CCGGAAUUAUCCUCCAUAUUUAAAGUGAUUUCAGCCACAACGCCUACGCCGUAAUCUGCGCCUCGAUUGCAGUGACAGAGUUGCUGACAUGGAGGUGACCUGCCGCAGUGACAUGUAAGCAGUGGACUGCAUAUUUCCGCUACUGCAUCUGAAGUGGCUCGGGCAUGUUUGUCGCAUGGAUUCGACUCGGAUACCGAAACGGCUGUUUUAUGACCAACUGCGUACAAGGAAGCGACACGUGGGAAAACCGAAGUUACCAGGACAUGAUCAAGAUCAACUUUCACAUACAUGUGACCAAUGUGCGAAAUCGUUUACUACAAAGUGCGGGUUGCGAAGACAUGUCAGAGACCUUCAUUUAAAACCGAAAUCUCGCGUUUGUGGAUACUGUGAGAAAAGGUUUUCUGAAAGCAGCACUCUCCGAAAGCACAUUGUCUCUAUUCACUUGAAAGUGCGACACGUAUGCGAGCACUGUAAGAAGUCCUUUUCGAGAAAGGACAAGCUCCACACCCACAAAAAGACUGUCCAUCUAAAAGAGCGGCCUCAUGCAUGCAAGUUCUGCGAAAGGCCCUUUUCCCAAAGGACCGCACUCCGGGCGCACGAACGCAUUGUUCACUUGAGGGAGCGUCCUUACACAUGCAAGCACUGUGAUAGGCGCUUUUCCCAAAUAAGCGCCCUACGAGCCCACGAAAGCACUGUUCACAUGAAUCAACGCCCGGAAAUAUGUGGACGCUGUGCGAAAGCGUAUUCUAGUAAGAGCGUGUUGCGAAGACAUAUCGAAGCUGUUCACUUGAAUCGACGUCCACAUGGAUGUGAUCGUUGUCCGAAGUCAUUCACUAGUAAAGACACGUUGCGGAGACAUGUGGAAUCUGUUCAUUUGAAUCAGCGCCCGCACGAAUGUGGCUGCUGUGCGAAGUCGUUCAACGAAGAACGCACUUUACGGAGACACGUCGACUCUGUUCAUCUGGAGCGACGUCCCUAUGCAUGUGGCCUUUGUGAUAAGGCGUUUACUCAGAAAAGCAAUUUGCAAAAGCACCACAUCAUUGUUCAUCUGAGACAACGGCCUCAUACAUGUGAAUACUGUCGCAAGACAUUUACUCAGAAGGACCAUUUGCUGAAGCACAUCAGUGCUUUACAUUUGAAUCAACGGGCCCAUGAAUGUCCGUAUUGUGAUAGAUCGUUUGCUGAUAAGGACGUCUUGCAACUGCACUUCCGAGCUGUUCAUACGAAUCAACGCCCUCAUCUAUGCGAACAUUGUGAGAAAUGUUUUUCUCGGAAAAGCAAUUUGAAUUUACAUCUCAGAGCUGUUCAUUCGGCCAAUGUACGUUUCAAAAAGCUCAGUCACUAA